CUCCCAGGGAGGGUAGCGCGACGCAAGCCGUCGCCAUUUCCAAGCGCCCACUUUCAAAAUGGCCGCCGGAAGGACGUUUGCAAUUAGGAUGGUGGGGGUUUCUAAAUGAAGGGCGUUAGCACAGUUUCCUGUCCAGUUUCAAGAUGGCUGCGCCCAGUGCUGGAUUCCGGACUCGUGAGCUGAGCUGUGGGCAGCGGGAACAAGACUGGGAUGCUACGGCGCCCAAGAGGCCCCGACUCGGGGCAGGAAGCAAGAUCGGUGGCCGUAGGCUCAUUGUAGUGCUGGAAGGGGCCAGUCUGGAGACAGUCAAGGUAGGGAAGACUUAUGAGCUACUCAACUGUGACAAGCACAAGUCUAUGUUGUUGAAGAAUGGACGGGACCCUGGGGAAGUGCGACCAGACAUAGCCCAUCAGAGUUUACUGAUGCUGAUGGACAGUCCCUUGAACCGAGCUGGCUUGCUGCAGGUUUAUAUCCACACGCAGAAGAAUGUUCUGAUUGAAGUGAAUCCCCAGACUCGAAUUCCCAGAACCUUUGACCGCUUUUGUGGACUUAUGGUCCAGCUUUUACACAAACUGAGUGUUCGAGCAGCUGAUGGCCCCCAGAAGCUCUUGAAGGUAAUUAAGAAUCCAGUAUCAGAUCACUUCCCAGUUGGAUGUAUGAAGAUUGGCACUUCUUUCUCUAUUCCAGUAGUCAGUGAUGUACGAGAGUUGGUACCCAGCAGUGAUCCUGUUGUUUUUGUGGUGGGGGCUUUUGCCCAUGGCAAGGUCAGUGUGGAGUAUACAGAGAAAAUGGUGUCCAUCAGCAACUACCCCCUUUCUGCUGCCCUCACCUGUGCAAAACUCACCACAGCCUUUGAAGAAGUAUGGGGGGUCAUUUGACAGUAGUAGAAUCUUAUUCUGAAACCAAAGACUGCUGACAUCACAUCCCUUGGCCCUGUUCUGAGCCAACUGCUAGAAGAUGAACUACCAGCACUGAGACUGGGGAUUGGGGGAGCCAAGGCUGUUGUGCAUUUGCUAUUUGUUUGUCUUAUAAAUGCUGUUCUU